CAGGGCAGUACCCAAACCUCCGCUGGCAGCGCCCUGGUGCAGGAUCUGCCUCACGUGCACGAGAAGGUGCAGGAAAUCAAAUGACUGCCCGAUGGCUAUCCUCGAGAGGAAGAAGUCACUCAACUACCUUGUGCUCGAUGAGGUAACCGAUGAUGACAACUCUGUUGUCACCCUGACACCAUGUAGAGGCUCCAGCUUCUCCACUGUCCUGCUCAAGGCACCUCAAGCAGUUCUGGCGCAUCAUCCCCACAAAUGAGGCUUUCGUCCGAAGCGACCGGGCGGCGAUGGCCUUGCUAUCGCCGAAGAGGCCAUCUGGAGGUAUGUCGGUGAGCCGCUGUGCUGCCUCAUGUACCGGUACCACACUGAUAGCUGUCUUUGGAGUUCAUUACCCUGGAUGGCCUUGUCUUCAGGUAAACGAGAGGAAAGGUACAAUCAAGUUCCAGCUGAAUAAGGUCCUCUGCAUUGGUGUCGCUAUGAGCAAUCUGUCGCUGUGGGAGAAGCAAAUCCAGCUGAACAUUGAGAUGAGCAUCAAUUUCCGGUUUGGAAAGAUGUCACCCAGGAUUCUGGUGUGGUGCGUGGGUUCAUCAAUGGUGAGUCCGUCCCUGGCAGCCAUCGUGCUGCAUUCUUUGAUGUCGCCGGGCCGAGAGGACGUAGCUGCUGUCUUGCUGCUGGAUCUUGGACGACCUUGAGCAUGAGGUGUCCAGCAAGCCUGCAUAGAAAUCAAGUACCACGUGAAGGUAAGCCACUCUCUCCAAACCCAGUACCUUGCUAGUCAUCAGUGUGGGUUAUGGUAUUGCUCAAUGCGAGUAAUAGGUUGGGGUGUACUAAGAAUCGUCAGAAAAUUUGUGUUUUGAGGCAAGUCUGGAUGUACCCUGCUCUAGAGUUGAGAGUACUUCUAUGGACAAGAUCCAGAAUUUGCACAUGGCUCCUGUAGUUUCCAGCUGCCUAGAGGCUACAGCUGCCUAGUUGUUCCUCAUGCUCUGUGGGUGUUCUUCUGAAAUGCAAGUUUGGAUUCUCUAGAUGUACUAGUCUGCACAACACAAUAGAAGCACUAGUGGCUGUUGGUAUAUAUGGUCUUUUU